AUGACUGAAGAAAUAGCGGCUGUCAAUCCUGCUCCAUCAACCGAACAAAAAAAACCUGAAAUCGUUGCUAAAGUGGAAUUUAUAACAUGGAAAUAUCCUCCGUAUUGCGAACUUUGUAAUGUUUAUUUUUCUGGCGAGCCCUGUUCGAAAACACAUUUCGAAGGUCGAAACCAUAAGAAUCGAUUACAUACAUGGAAGGAAUAUCAAAAUCCUGAUUCACUUCCAAAAAAUUCCAAAGACGUUCUAUGUAAUAUAUGUUGGAAAAAAAUGAAUACACAACUCAUUUUAGAUGAUCAUUGUAAGAGUCCAGCUCAUUUAAAAGAAGAACAAGGACGUUUAAUCGUGCAAAAAUUAAAAGAAGAUUAUAGACAAUUAAAAGAAUCGAACAAAACAAACUAG